AGAGCCAGACUCUGUUUCAAAAAAAAAAAAAAAGAAAAUAGGAAAUUUUUGCUUCCGUCAUGGUCUCCCACGUGCAUAUGUCAGAGUAGUCCCCUCAGGGCCCUUCUCCAGCCCUUAACAAACGCCCCCUCGAUCGACCCUGCCCUUUUGACCCAGCGUGCGGUGACCCCCAGCCAGGUGUGGCCCCUCAGCCAGGCCACUCUGCUCCCCGACCCCUGCCUGUCCCGUCGGGACACGCGCCAGCCUACAAGCCCUGUCCCAGUGCGUCACUCGGGCUGCAAGCCUGUGCGCUCCCCACCCUGGGGCUGAGGGCCUCCUUCCCUCCUGAGCACUCGCUUGGGCUCCGCUGCCACAGGUGUCUCCGAGUCCUGGCAGCCGGUGCUUAUAUGACUCUGGGUUGUGCCUGAGGGAGAAGAUCAGAUUGUCCCCAACCCGGCGUUCCUCCUAAUUGUAUUUGCGAGGGGUCCUUUUACCUCCACGAGAUGCUCUGUGGCGUCCUGACACGCACCGCGUGCCGGAUUGCACGGGAGCGGUUCCCAGUGCAGUGACACUUGUGUGCGGCUUACGGGGUGACACAAAGAACUGCAUGAUGCUGAGGAAACGACUGUCAGAAAUUAAAUGAAUUAAAGAUCUCAGGGCCCGGCGUGGCGUCUUUGUUUCUCCGUGGGUGCCGCGGUGCUCCGCCCGGCGCGGGGCUGGAGGGUGCGCCUCGCCCCGCUGUAGCGCUGUGUAUGGUGCGUUAGCACGGGAACUUGAGCUUGGAAUUGUGUCUCUGGGAGCUCCCAGAAAACAGGUCCCCAGUCUGUAGCUUCCUGCCACCUCUAGGAGAGGCCGUGGUGGCCCCGAGUCCCCAGCAGAGACUCUACAGCAUCCAGACCCCUGAGAACAACCUGGAAAGAGGAGCUCGCAGCUCAGAAAUGCGUUUGGGACUUUAGGCUGCAGCCCAGAGACUGGAUCGCUGCGGCUGGAGAACGGCCUAGGCUGGAGCUGUGGGACCCUCGUCCUCACCCUGGAGCCUUCCUGCCUGGCACAGCUGGACUCUCCCAGUGUCAGGGCCCUGUGCCCAUCGCAGGCCCCUCUAGGCCACCAGCUUCCCCGGAGGUUUAUAAGGGUCUGCAGGGCCAAGGGCCACCAGAGGGCCAGGUUCCAGACACAGAUUGCCCAGGGGCCCUCUGCUGUCUGGUGGGCUCAUGGCCCAAACAUCGAGACCCUGGUGGGGCACCCAUUUGAAACACAGUGGAGGGGGCUGCCCUUCUGUGAGACUGAGGGGUACAGUCUCCCAGGGAGCCUCCACCCACCACCCAGGGCUCAAUGACAAACGAUGGCACGCAUCCUCACCCUCUGACUGCUGCCCACCGCUGGCUAACCCAGUGCAGGCCCUGUGACCUGCGCCCCCACCCCCACUGCUUGGGCAUAGGCCCUCCAGCGCUGUGGGAGUGGCUUGGGCAGGGCUGCAAGGGCCAUCCCCAAGGCCUCAGCCUGCCGUCUCCCAUCUGCCCUGCGUGCUGCUUAUCAGGUAACCAGAGCCGACAGCCUCAUCCACACCUGAAACAGGAGGCCCGGCCCUGUGUACGAGCCGCUGAGAACCGGAGCCCGAGGAUGGAAGGGCAGCGGGCACUCACGGCCGCCAAGGCCGGGGAUGUGGCCACCUUGGAGCAUCUGCUGGAGGCCGGCGUCCUGGGCCCAGGCAUCACUGAUGCCCUAGGAGCCGGCCUGGUGCACCACGCCACCCGGGCCGGCCACCUGGACUGCGUCAGGUUCCUGGUACAGCGGGCCAAGCUGCCCGGCAACCAGCGGGCCCACAACGGGGCCACACCAGUGCACGAUGCCGCCGCCACAGGCAGCCUGGCCGAGCUGUGCUGGCUCGUCCGCGAUGGGGGCUGCGGUCUGCAGGACCAAGAUGCCUCGGGCGUCUCCCCACUGCACCUGGCCGCCCGCUUCGGACACCCAGUGCUGGUGGAGUGGCUGCUCCACGAGGGCCACUCGGCCACGCUGGAGACACGGGAGGGGGCCUUGCCGCUGCACCACGCUGCGGUCAGUGGGGACCUGACCUGCCUGAAGCUCCUGACAGCUGCCCACAGCAGCGGCGUGAACCAGCGGACACGCAGUGGCGCCUCCCCACUCUACCUGGCCUGCCAGGAGGGCCACCUGCACCUGGCACAGUUCCUGGUGAAGGACUGUGGCGCUGAUGUGCACCUGCGCGCCCUUGAUGGCAUGAGCGCCCUGCAUGCCGCUGCCGCCCGAGGCCACUACUCGCUCGUCGUCUGGCUGGUCACAUUCACCGACGUCAGCCUGACGGCGCGGGAUAACGAGGGAGCCACAGCCCUCCACUUCGCGGCCCGAGGCGGCCACACACCCAUCCUAGACCGGCUCCUGCUGAUGGGGGCUCCCAUCCUGAGGGACGCGUGGGGCGGAACCCCCCUGCACGACGCAGCAGAGAACGGGCAGAUGGAGUGCUGCCAGACCCUCGUCUCCCACCACGUGGACCCUUCCCUGCGGGAUGAAGAUGGUUACACGGCAGCGGACCUGGCGGAGUAUCACGGACACCAGGACUGCGCCCAGUACCUGCGGGAGAUGGCCAGGCCGGUGCCACUCCUGAUGACGCCCCCCCCACCACCGUUCCCUCCUCCCCCACUGUCAGCCGCGAGGCACUCCCUGGAGGACGGAAGAACAGGGGGCUCGGGGCUCGGGCAGCCCACCCCCACGACUCUCAGCCCCACCUGGCCCGGGCGGCCCGACCAGCCGCCACCGAGGGAGCAGAUGACCUGCACCACGCCCCCGGGCAUCUCCACCAGAGCCACAGCGGCCCCCACGGAUGCAGAGAUGGCUGUGGCGGGGGACACCCCAGAUGGCCUGGCCACGCUGCAGCUGGACGGGCUGCCCUCAGGCGACCUCGACGGGCUAGUGCCCACGCGGGAUGAGUGCGGCCGGCCCAUCCCCGAGUGGAAGCGGCAGGUGAUGGUGCGGAAGCUGCAGGCGCGCCUGGGCGCAGACCAGGCUCCUGAGGCCCAGGGCGGCGGCUGGGGCUCCGGCCCCGUGGAGCAGGUGGCCUGGCGGUACUCGCAGACCCACCAGGCCAUCCUGGGGCCCUUCGGGGAGCUGCUGACCGAGGACGACCUGGUGUACCUGGAGAAGCAGAUUGCAGACCUGCAGCUGCGGCGCCGCUGCCAGGAGUACGAGAGUGAGCUGGGCCGGCUGGCGGCCGAGCUGCAGGCCCUGCUGCCCGAGCCCCUGGUCAGCAUCACCGUCAACAGCCACUUCCUGCCCCGGGCGCCCGGGCUGGAGGCUGAGGAGGCCACGGCCCCAAAGGCUGAGCCCACAGGCUCUGCAGAGGCCUCGGAGGUGGCACCCGGCGGGCAGCCCCUGCCCUUCUGGUGCAGCCACAUUGCCCGCCUGGUGCGCAGCAUGUCGCUGCUGCUGAAGGGCAUGAACGGGCUGGUGCAGGCAGAGGAGAAGCCGGCCUCUCGGGCCCCGCACGCCUGCAGGGAGGCCCUGGCCAGCCCCCCUCGGAGUGAGGCCCAGCGUGAGAUCCAGGAGUGGGGGGUGUCUGUGCGGACACUGCGGGGCAACUUUGAGGCGGCCCCCAACCUGCCUUGCGGCUCCAGCCUCAGCCCCUGCAAGCUGGGGACCCGGCCCGGGCAGUGCCUGAGCGGCUGCUGGCCAGCCCCCCCGAAGCCCUGCAGCAGCCCGACUGGAGGGGGGUCUGGGCCGGGCGAUGCAGAGGAGGCCAGUGACUCGGGCAUCAGCUGUGAGGAGCCCCCGUCAGAGGCCGGCCCCGCGCCCGGCCGGGACCCAGCCACCCUGCGCAAGGAGCGCAUCGUCAUGCUCUUCCUCAGCCACUGGAAGAAGUCAGCCUGCACACCGGCCCUCAAGGCGGCAGCCUGCAGGACCCUAGAAGCCCGCCGUGCGGGGCCACGGGCGCAGGGGGCAGCCAGGAGCCCCAGGCUGUCCUCCCUGCCCCCUGGCGACGGUCGCCAGCUCAGCCACCUGUGGCAGCAGCGCAGCAUCAUCUCUCACCUGCUGGGCCACUGGAAGACCAUCAUGGCUCACGUGCCGGCCCGCCAGCUGCAGCGGCUGAGCCGGCGGCCCCAAGGGCCCCUGUCCCCAGAGCAGUUCCUGCCCCAUGUGGCCGGGGCCCCUGUGCCCUACAGCAGCCUCUCGCUGGACCUCUUCAUGCUGGGCUACUUCCAGCUCCUGGAGUGCGACCUGCCGGCCGAGGAGCGAAAGAUGCGCCACCUGCUCUGCUUCGAGGUCUUUGAGCACCUGGGCGCCCACGGCUGGGAGGCCGUGCGCGCCUUCCACAAGGCCGUGACCGACGAGGUGGCCGCCGGCCGCCGUGCCUGGACUGACGGCUUUGAGGACAUCAAGGCCCGCUUCUUUGGCUCCAGCCAGAGUCCCACCUGGGACACGGAGCCUGGCCGCAAGUCAGGCCUGACCCCGCUCGGACCCCUGCCACACACCAGCGUCCCCAGCAGCGGCCCCAGGCCCACAGCGCGGCGGCUGGGGGGCGGCUCCCAGCAGGGCAGUUUCAACAGCAAGGACAUCUGCGGCUACAUCGACCGAAGCUUCGCCUUCUGGAAGGAGAAAGAAGCCGAGAUGUUCAACUUUGGAGAGUGACCUGUCCCCAGAGUGGGUUGGGGGUGUGUUGGGUUUUCUCUUUCCUCUCGCCUGCUAACGCCCUGCAGCCGGUAAGCCGGGCAAGCCUGGUGGACGGCCUGCUCACCCUCCCGCCCUGCCCGUUGCCCGCGUUACGUGGUCCCUCUCCCACGUGCGUCUCCUCGGAACAAGGACUCGCCUCAGAGCCCUCUCGCACGGCACUCGGGACGCGCCCUCGGUUGGCUGAGUUGGAGGGAAGCAGCGCCCACCCAGCUCCAGGAGGGCUCCCCGGCUUCCUCCCCUGCCGAAGACCCUCUCGUAGAGCCGGCCGUGCACACGAGGUUGCUAAAUAGAGCUCCCCAGUCCUGGCCGCUCACCCUGCCCCUGCCCCUGGGCAGCGCCUGUGCCCACAGAGGCCGAGUCCUCACCCAGUUCUGCCGCGGCGCCAGGCCAAAGCCUCCCGUCCCCUGCCGCGUGCUGCCCUGCCCUGCCCACUCCCGGGUCCUGGUGAGGGUGGACUGAGGGCCUGGGUGGGAGAGCCUCUGUCCUGGGCGUCACCCUUGUCUCUGACGCACAGCAGCCCGAGUAUGUCUAAGGAGCAGGGCGCCGCUGGCAGCUGGGAGCACCAGGACGCUGUCUCUCGGGCAGCGGGGCCCUGGCUCUUGGAUCCAACACGCCACCAGCAGAGACAGAGAGGGCUGCUCCGCCGGGCGCUGCCCUGCGCCGGCUGGCAGGAGGCAAGGGCGGAGGGAGGGUCUGGGCUGGGCCCUGGCUGGGUGGUCAGGAGGUUGGGCACUCCGGUGUCUCCCGUCCCUUGUGUACCCCUUGCUGACGGUCAGCUCUAAGGGCCUAAGGAGGGGGGUGUGGCACGCACUGAGCCCUCCAGGUCACUUCCUGGCCGAGUGCUCAGGGCACUCCUGGCUCAGGGCACCCCUGCCCACUCACCGUGGCCUCAGGCAAGUCCCUCCGUGGCAUCUGGGCCUUGGUUUCCCAGCUGAGGGGCAGGAUCGAGGCCAAGAGGGGCACCCCACAAACCUUAGGGUUCCUGGAGGACCUGGGUGGGCUGCCCAGUGAGGGGUGAGGCGGGGGCUCAAAUCCAGGUUUGUGGCCAGAGGAGGGAGGGGACAUCUCUGCUGGGGUGCUCAGGGCUGACCCCCAAGUGACCUCCUGCAGACACCCUGCCUCUAGGGGGAGUAGGCCAGGGUGGGGCUGGGAACCCUGGCCUGGCAGCUCACCUGUGUCCUCGGAGCAGGCAGGGGCUGGCCCUGGCAGGGCACACUCGCAGCUGCAAGGCCUAUUUGGUGCCUAGAAAUCUGUUGUCCAGUUGGCAAAAAUCCAACUGAGGACUCCGGAGCCCCAACGUGUGCACCCCGGGGGCUGCAGAUGUCAGCCAGGUGGCCAGACCCGAGACACAGGUGUGAAACCCAAGGGCUUCCCGAUGAGCCAAACCACACUGGGCGGGGGGGCCAUCUCCCCAGCCCUUGUGUGCGGGACGAGGACGCAGAGAAGCAGGACACGGUAGCGAAGGCAGCAAAGAACCUUUGUCCACCACUUUCGUCCUCGU